ACUGCUGCUCCUGAUGGAGAACAGGUCCUUCAACAUCAGCUUUGAGCUCAGCCUAGACCCAUUCUUCAUACCCCCGGGAGGGAAGUACCCCAUCUUCUUUUUCGGAGUCGCGAUCUACUUGUUCUGUGUCUUCUGCAACCUGACCCUGCUGCUGCUGAUCAUAACGCAGAGGACCCUCCACAAGCCCAUGUACUUCAUCCUCUUCAGCCUGCCCCUGAACGACCUGGUGGGGAUCACCGCCAUGCUGCCCAAGGUGCUGUCGGACAUAGUCACGGAGACGAGCAAGGUCCACUACCCCCUGUGCGUCCUGCAGGGCUUCCUGCUCCACAUGUACGGCGGCGGCGUUCUCUUCAUACUGGCCGCCAUGGCGUUCGAUCGCUACGUCGCCAUCUGCAAGCCCCUGCGGUACACCGCCAUCAUGACGCCCAGGCUCGUCGUGGCGAUCAUCUCGCUGGUCUGGGGCCUCGAUUCCGUCCUGAUAGUUUCGCUGUUCUCCCUCCAGACGAGGCUCCCCAGGUGCCGAAGCUUUGUGUUGAACGUCUUUUGUGACAACCCGUCCCUGCUGAAGCUAACCUGCGGCGACACCGUGCUGAACAACAUUUUCGGCCUGUUCAACACCGCCAUCAUGCAGAUUAUAAGCGUGUCCGUUCAGGUGUUUUCCUACGUUAAGAUUCUCAUCGCGUGCUUGGUCACGAGGAAGUCGGACACCAAAAAUAAAGCCAUUAACACUUGCGUUGCCCAGCUGGUCAUAUUCGUGAUAUUUGAAAUCGUGGGAACCUUCACCAUUCUGUCACACAGGUUCAAGAAUGUCUCCGUUGAUCUGCAAAAAAUUAUGGGAAUGUUGAUAUUUCUGGUUCCUCCACUUCUGAAUCCAAUCGUGUAUGGAUUGAACACAAAUGAAAUUCGAAAUACCCUCUUAAAGGUUUUUCAGACAAGGGUUGUUAGUGUAUAAUUCAUCCCUGCCGUAGUGGAGGUGUUUUUUUUUUUUUUUUGAGUCAAUGUAUUGUCAGAUGGAAAAACAGUUUCAAGUGAUGAUGAAUGAUCAGAGGUUAGAGGCUCUGGAUACUCUGUAAUGUUUUCAGUGAUGUCCCCUUGAUGGGCGGGUUUCUGUGGAAGGUUUGUGAUCCCAGUUUUGAAAAGGACUAAAGUCUCAGCAAGCAGCGCCACUACAACAACCACAGCAUGUACAACAGAUGUACCAUAAUACAACUCGACCUGGAGACACUCUUCAAGAAGGAAAG